AUAUUUUUUGCUACACAUAAACAUUAAAUAAAUGAAAAUAUAAAAAUAGUCAAAGAAAACGUUACCUGUUUAUUGUUUGUUAUUGAGUUUUACCCAGAUUCUAAACAUAUUAUGCACUGCAGUGGUCCAAAAACUCGCUUAUAUUUUACAUUCUCACACCAAAAUUGAUUAAGAAGAAAAAAGAAAGUGCUUGGGCCACAGAGCGAAAACUGACGCGAGCGCUAUUUGGCACUUGGCAAUGAAAUUGUGCACUGGCAAUGAACUCCAGACUUGAAGGCACUCAUCAGCUCCAGGGGCACUCCAGCCCCAUGGCCACCGAACGCAAGCAGUGUAGUCCCAAAAUGGAAAUUACUAAACUAAACCAUGAGCUCAUCGAGGAAUGUAAACGCAGCCACGAGGACUCUAUCUUGCCGCGCCAUUUACGCCAUGAGCUCGAAAAGCAUUCACGUGAGUCCCGACGCGAGGUGGUUAGAAAGCAACGCAAUGGCUGUGCGCCACUUUUUAUUGCCUGCAAACGUGGCGCAGUAGUAAUUGCCGAGUAUCUCAUAACCAUGUGCGAAGCGGACAUUGAGCAGCGUGGACACUUUGAGGUGCCCGAGGACAACAGCUUUCACCAUGUCUCGCCGCUGUGGGCAGCUGUCGUAUCCGGCAAGCUGUCCAUGGUUAAGUAUCUGGUGCGGAUCGGCUGUGACAUAAAUGCCACAUCAGAUUCGGGAUCAACGCCAGUGCGUAGUGCCUGUUACAUGACUAACACAGAUAUUGUCAAGUUUCUCGUGGAGAACGGCGCAGACAUCAAGAAGCCAAAUAUCAAUGGCGGCACAUGCUUAAUUAACUCGGUGCAGUCCGUGCAGCUUUGCCUGUAUCUGGUGCGCAAGGGAGCCGACAUCAAUGCACGCGACAUACAGGACAAAACGGCGCUACACUAUGCCAUACAGGAGCAUCGACUGGACACCACCAGAAUGCUUAUAGAGCAGGGUGCUGAUCCCUUUGCUAAGAGUCGCUAUGGUGACGAUGCGCUGCGAACUGCCUGCCUUAAGGGCGCUCAUCAAAUAUUUGAUUAUUUGAAAAAGGAAUUAAAUUAUUCAGUGGAACGCAUCGCUGAGGCGCAUGAACUAAUGGGCUCAACAUUUCUGGACGAGCACAAUGAGUCUCGCGUAUGCAUCCUCCAUUGGCGCAUGGCACAUCACAUACGCGCCGCCUACACGCCUUACAUUGAAAAGAAGCCAAAGGUACCUUUACGGAAUGCGUAUGAAAAUGCAGUCGAAUUUGCGACUUUAGAGGAGCUUGAUAACAUUGCCACGGAUAUGGAUGCUAUGCGCACGCAAAGUCUGUUAAUUUGUGAACGUGUAUUGGGUUUGACACACAAGGACAUGCUGUUCCGUUUGACUUUUAGAGGUGCCUCAUACGCCGACUCUUUGCAGCUCCAGCGCUGCAUUGAUCUCUGGCGCUUUUUGCUCGAGGUGCGUGUCUCCAAUUGGUCCAUAUUGCAUUUCGAGACCUGUUUUGCUGCCCAGGCGUUAGUGCGCCUCAUGUUAGAUCUGCACGUGCGAAACUCGAGUCACUUGCGAAGUGAUGCACGCGCUCGCUUCAUGCACCAGGAUAACUUGCUGCCCAGAUUUGAUGAUGUCUUGGGCGUGUUUCGUACGCUCUCCGUAAGCGCCGUCGAGGUCAAGGAGCUGUUGCAAGUGCGUCCCGUCUUCCGGCGCCAGCAGGAGAACUAUGACCGUGUAUUGCGCUGCCUCGCCCAUCUCAUCUAUCUGCUGAUCAAUACCGUCCACACAGAGGCUCAGCACAAGGUAAUAUUUCAAGCCGUCCACGAGACGGUCGUUCUUGGUAACUUGCGUAGCGCCAGCACAGCCGACACGCUUCUUCAUUUGGGGGCCUCACGGCUAAAUGUUAUCAAAAGUGGUUACAUCACCGAAGACAAUUUUUCUGAUAAGACUGUGUUUCCCAAUGCAGAUGUUAUUAAAUUGCUCAUCGAAUGCGGCAUAGACGUCAACACAAAAAAUGAAGCCAAAUCAACGCCCCUGCAUGUAGCAUGCCAGCCUUACAACUACGACAAUGAGAUUGUGCACCUGCUGCUUAAGUGUGGCGCGGACAUUGACCAACCGAAUCGGGCGGAGAAGCGACCCUACGACUCCAUAGCCUCCAAUCCCACCAACACCAUACCGCUACUCAACUACGUAUCGCUGCAGUGCUUAUGUGCGACGGUUCUUAGCAAGCAUAAGAUCCGUUAUAAGGAUCAGUUGCACAAACAGCUUGAGCAAUUUGUGCAUAACCAUGAACCAUGAGUAGGAAACUUUUGAACGCAUGUCUCUGUUAAAAUUGUUUGAACAUAUGUGUAUUUAAUUUGGCCAUAUCGAAAUUUUACCAGUGUAUCUUCUGUUACUUCAUGUCUGUCUAUUCUAUAUAUAUCUAUCUAUCUCUACUAUUGUUAAAUUAUUCGGCUAAAAGCAAUUGAAAACUCAAUAACGAAACACACAAAAAAAAAAUAAUGAAAAAACAAUGUGUAACAAAAGCAAAAAGUGUAAGCGAUCAACGUGAUAUUAAAUCUGUAUAGGAAAUGAUGAAACUAAA